AUGACAGACUUUGAAAAGAACCUCCGUCGGGACACGAUUUCCCAGCUGCACAACUUUGCUGCUGUUGGAGAUGCAGCCAAACUGAAAGCAUUGCUCAGCGUUUAUCCGUCACUCAUCAAUGCAGCUGCAGAUAAUGGCUGGACAGCCCUCAUGUAUGGUGCCAGAAAUGGACACCUUGAGGUUGUGCAGAUUCUUCUUGAAGAAGGGUGUGACAGGACUACUGUUAAUAAAGCAAGGCAGACAGCUUUAGACAUUGCUAAAUUUUGGGGGUACAAGCACAUAGUUAAUUUGUUGGCUAAUGUGAAGGGUGGACAGAGGCCUACUUUUCUGUCAAAUGAAGCAAAGGAAUAUGAAAAUUAUUUUGGCUUGACACUUCUGGACAGAAGGAGUGAUAAAAGAACAGAUACCAAGUGGCUAAGCAAAAAACAAAGCCAUCCAACUACCAUAUAUAUUCUCUUCUCAAAUCUGAGUCCUUUGGUUACUUUGGGUGGGGGAACAGAGAGCUCUCAGCAGUCAGAAGUAAAGCUUUGCAGACUGCGCCACAAGGAUGUGGAGCAGUACUUGAACCAAACUGAAGAUGGGACCUUGAUUUUUCUUGGAGUUGAGCUUCAGUUCUACACGAACGUGCUGGCUGCUUGCAAUGGAAGAGUUCUGCAAGAAGAUGAAGAGGAUGGGUUAGUUGCUUGGUUUGCUCUUAGCAUAGAUUCUGCUUCAGCUGAGGAAUUUAAACAGAAGCAUGAGGACUGUUACUUUCUUCACCCAGCAAUGCCAGCGCUACUGCAGCUACCUGAAAAAGAAGCUGGAGUAGUAGCCCAGGCUAGAUCUGUUCUAGCAUGGCACAGCCGCUACCGAUUCUGCCCAACAUGUGGGAGCACAACCAAGAUUGAAGAAGCAGGUUACAAGAAAACUUGUUUAAAAGAAGAUUGUCCCAGUCUCCGAGGUGUUCACAACACGUCAUAUCCAAGAGUUGAUCCUGUUGUAAUAAUGCAAGUCAUCCAUCCAGAUGGCAACCACUGCCUUUUAGGUAGGCAGAAGAGGUUUCCCCCAGGAAUGUUUACCUGUCUUGCUGGAUUUGUAGAACCUGGUGAAACAAUAGAAGAUGCUGUCCGAAGAGAAGUAGAAGAGGAGGCUGGAGUCAAAAUUGGCCAUGUUCAGUAUGUCUCUUGUCAGCCGUGGCCAAUGCCCUCCUCCUUAAUGAUUGGUUGCUUAGCUGUUGCAGUGUCUACAGAAAUUAAAGUUGACAAGAAUGAAAUAGAGGAUGCCCGCUGGUUCACCAGAGAACAGGUCAUGGAAGUCCUAGUUAAAGGAAACCAGCGUUCAUUCUUUGUACCACCGAGUCGAGCUAUUGCGCAUCAGUUGAUAAAACACUGGAUUGGAAUGAAUGCUAAUCUUUAG